AUGAGACUGCCUGCUAUUACCUUUGAAGAAUUUUUGGAGUCCUUUUUACGAGAGAAGCUGGCAGAUGGAAUGAUAUCUACAAUCAAUGUUGCCGGGGAAUUGAGCUUUUUCGCGAAGGAAGAAAACGCAAAACGAAUCGAAAAAUGGCGUUUAUUAGAAAUAUCUGUUAUUAAAUUGUUUCCUAUUCAAUAUAGGUUACAGAACAUUACAAAAGAGGAACAAACGCCUCCGACUAUUACGAUCACUAGUUCUUUAAUAAAUCUUUGUGAACCUUUACCCAUUGAUAAAAAAAAUGAAACUUGUCCAGAUGGUACAUAUGUUUGUCAAAUCAUAACUAACAAAUUAUCCAAAGAAGACAAAUCUCCACGAGUGAUAACGAUUAGACCAAUUGCCGGAGAUUUAAAUGAUGAAGGAAUAUUUAAACCUGUAAUAGCUUUAGAACCUGCUUCGAAUAAAGAUGAUACAUCUGGUCCUCUCUUAAUUACAUUGAAUGGAGGUUCUUAUGCUGAACAAAAACAACAAGCAAAUUUUACAUUUAUUUGUAAUACUGAGAAAGACAAUAUUACAACAUUAGAAUAUAAUAACGAGGAAAAUACAUUAAUUAUAAGAUGGGAAACUCCUGCUGCUUGCGGACAAAAAAUUCUUGAAGAUAAAGGAAUGAGCGGGUUUACUAAGUUUAUAAUCUUUUUGAUCAUUAUUGCCUUGUGCUAUUUUGGUUUUGGAGCUGCUUAUAAUUACCAUGUUUAUAAGGCACAUGGUUGGGAUUUAUUACCGCAUUUGGACUUUUGGAGAGAUUUUCCUUAUUUAAUAUCGGAUGUUUUCAAAUAUCUCAUUAAUUCAAUUCGAACAGUUCCCCUUGCUCCUCCAGACGUUAUUUUCAACCUUACUGCCAAGUAUAAGGCAGAUACUUUUGCUCAAAAAGUUAACUUGGGUGUAGGAGCGUAUCGUGACGAUGCAGGAAAACCCUGGGUGUUACCUGUUGUUAAAAAGGUUGAACAAGCCUUGGUAAAUGAUCCUUCACGAGAUCAUGAAUAUCUCCCUAUAUUGGGUCUUCCAACUUUCAGAGAAGCAUCAAUUAGAUUAAUACUUGGCGCAGAUAGUCCCGCUAUCAAAGAAAAUAGAGUUACAGCUGCUCAGACGAUAUCUGGUACGGGAGCUAAUCAUCUUGGUGCUCUCUUUUUGUCAAGAUUUUAUUCUAAAGAAGUUCCUAUUUACUUGUCUAAUCCAACUUGGGCAAAUCACAAGCCAAUCUUUAAUAAUGUCGGUUUGGAGACAAGAAAUUACGCUUAUUUUAACCCAAAAGAUAAUGGUUUGGAUAUUGAUGGAUCAAUUGUUCUAUUACAUGCUUGUGCUCAUAAUCCAACCGGCGUUGACCCUACACAAGAUCAAUGGAAAGCAAUUGCUGAUGUUAUCGAGUCAAAGAAACUUUUCCCAUUUUUUGAUUGUGCAUAUCAAGGAUUUGCUAGUGGAGAUUUAGAUCGUGAUGCUUGGGCUGUGCGAUACUUUGUUGAACGCGGUUUCGAAUUGCUUAUCUGUCAAUCUUAUGCGAAAAACUUUGGUUUAUAUGGACAACGUGCUGGUUGCUUAACUUUCGUGUUAAAAAAUUCUGACGCUGCCGCUCGCGUAAGUAGUCAACUCGCCAAAUUGCAACGUUCUGAAAUCUCCAACCCCCCAGCACAUGGCGCUCGUAUAGUUGAUAGGGUAUUAAAUAACCCCGAACUUUAUGCUGAAUGGGUUGAAAAUCUCCGAGAAAUGAGUUCUCGUAUUAAAAAUAUGCGUGAUGCUUUACGUGAUUGUCUUAUCAAAUCUAAUACCCCGGGAAAUUGGGAUCAUAUUACAAACCAAAUUGGAAUGUUUUCUUUUACUGGACUUAAAGCUCCACAGGUCGCGGUUCUUAAAGAGAAAUUUCAUAUUUAUCUUACAGAUAAUGGACGUAUUUCGAUGGCUGGAUUAUCCACAUCAAAUGUGGAAUACGUUGCAAAUUCUAUAAAUCAUGUUGUAAAUAAUGUAGCUUAA